AUGGAGAAGGACUGGUCCGCCGCACAUGCCGACCUUGCCGACCUGGAGUCGCAAGUCAGCAUCGAGUCGCUCUUUCCGGACACUGACCCUUAUGGCCUGCGCUCGCGAUCCCCUGGCGGACCUGUAAAGCACCACCACCAGCACCAGCACGCCGCCCACAGCCCCAGCGGCAUCGCGAAGAAGACUGAGAACUGGCUGCGCGGGCCACCCUCGUCCUGGUCUCGCUCCGCGAUUCUGGGAUUCUACAGCCCGCCGUUCGUCUGGCGCACCCGGCUGCUGAACGCCAUCGCCGCGCAGCAGUCCAACUUCGGCGUCCGCCCCAUGGACACGUACCUUGCCCCCGAGUCCGCCCCGGAGUGGCCGCCUAGUGUUCCACCAAAUUCAGAGCCAGACGAUGCCGGCGACGCAUCGGAUCUGGAUCUGGAUCUGGAUGCUGCGAGUCCUGCGCCGGAGCUGAAGAUCGAGGAGGCGCCACAAGACGUCGCCGCGUGUGGCCGCCACACUCCUGGUCCCCAUGGAGCCGACCGCCGGCGGCGGUCUGCGACAACAGCGGGGCGCCGACCCCCGGUCGGUGGGCCGCGUGCUAGGCCUCUUGGAGCGAAGUCGAGAACCAAAAAGAGGACGCCAAAGGAGCAGGAGUUCUCCUGCGUGUAUUGUGGCGCGAAGUUUUCGUAUCUCGAGAGCGUACUCCUCCAUGUCGUUACUUACUGCAAGGGCCGCGAGGGAGAGGCGUAUGGGUGUCCGUUGUGCCAGAAACAGGGUGCGCUAAAAUGGGUGUGGACACACUGCAGAGACGUUCACGGGAUGGGGCCUCGACAGACAGCGCGCUUGAUGGAGAACGCGCAUCUCCUCUAUUUCCUUCUCUCAUCAGGGUCAUUCCGCGGACACGGAACAGCCACCACACACAUACACACCACAUCGCAUGCCAUGGACACUCCAGCAGACUGGGAAUCAUUGCUCUACGGCAGCGCUCCCACCUUCCCGCCGCAAGAUUCCAAUAAUUCAUCCUUUGGGUAUGCCAGGCCAACAAGUCCCCCACCACCGCCCGUACUUCCGGAGCCAAACGGUGACAGAAGAAAUGACACCACGACGAGCGUCGAGCGCAGGGCUGGAGUCAACCAGCACCGCGGAGCCGACGACGGCAGGCGCUGGGAAUUGACGGAGCACCAUGCAAGAGCGUUGGAUGCCAUCGCGGAACGGCUGUGGCGUGAAUACGGCGGUCGCUUGGAGAUGACGUUCCGCUAUGCGAGAGCAGUGGAUGCCAUUGUUGCGCAGCUGGAGCGCUACGGGUUGGAGAAGGAAGGUCCCUAUGGAAGAGCCGCUGUUUCGCGGCUGCUGCGCGACUACAAGAAACGCGUGCAGACGAUGGACCGCAAUACAGUAGGAGCAAAUACGAUCCUGAGGCAUCUGCGGCGCAACAACAGCAGCCGCUUGGAAAUGACGACGCCCGAUGAAGGAGAAAUGAAUUUCAUUAUAAGGCGGCUGCUGCGCUCACGAGGCACAACAUCUCGCGGCGGAAUCAAACCGAACACGCAGGCAGUUGCAGACAGGGUAGCUUGUCUUGUUUCUGCCAUCACGAAGCAGCAGCGGCAAUUCCACCCAUAUGUCAAUCAGCCCGCUGGCGAGUCGCAACAGCCUCAGCAAAGGCUGGUCACGAUUCCCCACUGGUGCAUGUUCUGCGGUCAAGGAUUUCCUCUCGAUCACGUACGGUGGGCUCACGUCAUCUACGAAUGCGCUGGCAGAAGACAGCAGGAACUGGGGUGCCUGCUGUGUUCAUUUUCAUACAAAGCGCACGAUGUGUACCUGACUCAUUUCAUAGAAGUGCACGGCCACCACACAUCCGAAUUCGCCAUGUUUCUGCAUGACCUGGAAUACAGCGUAACCAUCAAUAACCAGUGA